AUGCGUUCAUCUACGAUUAUUCUGGCCCCUUUCCUUCUUUUCACUGGCCUGGUUGCCGCCAAAGGCCCGAAGACAAUCGAAGUACAGCCGGAUUUCCAAGGUCCUCAGACGGGAGGUAUUUGCUGCGACGCUGGUACAAAUUCUGAUACCGACAAGUUUUGCUCAGGCAACAAUUUAAACGCUUUCUGCUGCGGCCCCUUUCGCUCGGACCGAAAGGGCGGCAAGGGAGUGCAGGUAUCUCCGUCAUCCUUUGCCGCAGCCAGGAGUAAUGUGCAGCUAUCAUGGCGUCCACAAUAUUAUUAUUAUGGUUUCUCUGCUGAACGCAAUGCAAUGCCUAAAGAAAAGCCCACCCCCAUGACCAAGGAUGCGGCCUCUCGCAUACAGUCUACCAGCGCUAAGGAGUGUUAG